UAAGAAAAUGGCAUACAAGCCGGACAUGGGGGAAAUCACCAGUUUCAACAAGGCCAAGCUGAAGAUGACCAAGACACAGGAGAAGAACGCCCUGCUGACCAAAGAGACCUUUGAGCAGGGAAAGUGGAGUGAAAUCUCCAAAGAACAUAGAGGAUUCCUCACCCCUCAUCUCUGA